GCGAGAGCGGCCGAGCGCGCGGGGCGCACCGCGGAGGGAGGCGGGGAAGCCGCCGCCGCCGCGCCCGCCCCUUCCCCCGCCGCCCGCCCCCUCUCCCCCCGCCCGCCGCCCGCCCGCCGCCUUCCUCCUCGCCUGCUGCCUUCCCCGCGGCCGGCCGCUCCUCGCCGCAGCCCGGAGCGCAGGCCGCGGCGGCCGCGGCGGCCGAGUCCGCAGCCAUGGCCUCGGGCGACACCCUGUACAUCGCCACGGACGGCUCGGAGAUGCCGGCCGAGAUCGUGGAGCUGCACGAGAUCGAGGUGGAGACCAUCCCGGUGGAGACCAUCGAGACCACGGUGGUGGGCGAGGAGGAGGACGACGACGAGGACGAGGACGAGGACGGCGGCGGCGACCACGGCGGCGGGGGCGGCCCCGCCGGCCACCACCACCACCACCACCACCACCACCACCACCCGCCCAUGAUCGCGCUGCAGCCGCUGGUCACCGACGACCCGAGCCAGGUGCACCACCACCAGGAGGUGAUCCUGGUGCAGACGCGCGAGGAGGUGGUGGGCGGCGACGACUCGGACGGGCUGCGCGCCGAGGACGGCUUCGAGGACCAGAUCCUCAUCCCGGUGCCCGCGCCGGCCGGCGGCGACGACGACUACAUCGAGCAGACGCUGGUGACCGUGGCGGCGGCCGGCAAGAGCGGCGGCGGCGCGGGCGGCGGCGGCGCGGGCGGCGGCCGCGUCAAGAAGGGCGGCGGCGGCGGCGGCGGCGGCGGCAGCAAGAAGAGCGGCAAGAAGGGCUACCUGGGCGGCGGGGCCGGGGCGGCGGGCGGCGCGGACGCGGGCGGCAAGAAGUGGGAGCAGAAGCAGGUGCAGAUCAAGACGCUGGAGGGCGAGUUCUCGGUCACCAUGUGGUCCUCAGAUGAAAAGAAAGAUAUUGACCAUGAGACUGUGGUUGAAGAACAGAUCAUCGGCGAGAACUCGCCCCCUGACUACUCGGAGUACAUGACAGGAAAGAAGCUUCCUCCGGGAGGGAUUCCUGGCAUUGACCUCUCAGACCCCAAGCAGCUGGCCGAGUUUGCCAGAAUGAAGCCAAGAAAAAUUAAAGAAGAUGAUGCUCCAAGAACAAUAGCUUGUCCUCAUAAAGGCUGCACCAAGAUGUUCAGGGAUAACUCCGCCAUGAGGAAACACCUGCACACCCACGGCCCCCGCGUCCACGUCUGUGCCGAGUGUGGCAAGGCUUUCGUGGAGAGCUCCAAACUAAAGCGGCACCAGCUGGUCCACACUGGAGAGAAGCCUUUUCAGUGCACGUUCGAAGGCUGCGGGAAGCGCUUUUCACUGGACUUCAAUUUACGCACGCACGUGCGAAUCCACACCGGAGACAGGCCCUAUGUGUGCCCCUUCGACGGUUGUAAUAAGAAGUUUGCUCAGUCAACUAACCUGAAGUCUCACAUCUUAACACAUGCGAAGGCCAAAAACAACCAGUGAGAAGAGGGACCCUUCUCGACCGCAGGAACAUCUUCCAGGAGAUGAUUGGGAAUAAAUACGCCCCUCCUUUGUAUAUUAUUUCUAGGAAAGAAUUUUAAAAAUGAAUCCUACACACCUAAGGGACAUGUUUUGAUAAAGUAGUAAAAUUUAAAAACAAACUUUAAUAAGAUGGCAUUGCUAAGAUGCUCUAUCUUGCUCUGUAAUCUCGUUUCAAAAACACGGUGUUUUUGUAAAGUGUGGUCCCAACAGGAGGACAAUUCAUGAACUUGGCAUCAAAAGACAAUUCUUUAUACAACAGUGCUAAAAAUGGGACUUCUUUUCACAUUCUUAUAAAUACGAAGCUCACCUGUUGCUUACAAUUUUUUUAAUUUUGUAUUUUCCAAGUGUGCAUAUUGUACACUUCUUGGGGAUAUGCUUAGUAAUGCUACGUGUGAUUUUUCUGGAGGUUGAUAACUUUGCUUGCAGUAGAUUUUCUUUAAAAGAAUGGGCAGUUACAUGCAUACUUCAAAAGUAUUUUCCUGUAAAAAAAGAAGUUAUAUAGGUUUUGUUUGCUCCCAGUUUUGGUUGUACUCUUUAAUGUUAACACAUUUUGUAUAAUUGUAUCGUAUAGCUGUAUUGAAUCAUGUAGUAUCAAAUAUUAGAUGUGAUUUAAUAGUGUUAAUCAAUUUAAACCAUUUUAGUCACUUUUUUUUUUCCCUGAAAAACAACAACAACAACAAAAUACUGCCAGAUGCUGGUGUUCAGUGUAAUUUCUUCGCCUGUCCGGUUCCAGAAAGUGGUGCUCAGUUGUAGAAUGUCUCGAACCUUUUGCCACCUGGCGUGGACAUCCGUGUGACAGGGCAACAAUGAAGCGGCACUCUACAGAAAGGCCGCGGCAGAAAGAUCUGGAAGCACAGCCUUAUUUCCCUUUGUUGUCCAGAGUAUAAUUCUAAUUCUUGAGCCUCCCAGAAAUUGGAAGCAAAAUAAAGCAACUCAAGUUUUCUUUAUUUUUUUCACUCAGUGACAGUGACUUGUAAGUGAGGCGGUGCAUGGGUCUUCUGGUCCUUCCUACGUGCGCUGCGUUCUCCGAGGGCAGGUAACAGGUGUCCGUGUUAAGGAACUACCUCAGUACCCCCAGACCGGCCCGCGGGGCGACGGGGCUGGACUCUAGCUUCCCCGGCGGGCGUGCCCGGGCGGCACGGGCCUGCAGGUAAGGUGUCGGCCGGCAAGGGGCUGGCACAGAGGGAGGCCCGGGCAUCUCCGGACCCGGCAGCCUGCGAAGGUGCCUUGGCCUGGGCUCGCGGGCCGCCGGCUCUGGGUGACGGCCUCUGCGUGGCACCCGCAGCGUUGAGCACCCAGUGGCUCGCUCUUAGCUUCGGCGCAGAUAGCGAAUGCAGACCGGCAAGGUGCUGGCUGGCUGGCUGAGAACAGUUGUACUCAGUGAGUACUUGACCUCUCACUUUGUGACCUCUUCAACGUGAUUCUGACUCCUGGACUUCAGUCGGAGGAGAACCUUUUCUAAACUGCCGGCGAAACCCCGUGUCCUCCAAAUGCAGUCAUGCCGUGUGCUUGAUGCUGCCAGGUGGUCGACCAGCUAGGGCAUCUCCGAGAUCUCUUUCCAAGCUGUGUGGGACGUCGCAGGCCCUAGAGUGCAGCCCGGGCUCUUGCAGCCUCCACUGGUCCCGUGUGGGAGGACUGGUGACCUCUGGAAUUUUGAAGUGCCUUUUGAAUCAUAAAUGAAAAAAAAAAUUUAAGACACUUUUUUUAUUAUUAUUAUUCGUUCAGAAUCUGUUAUCCAGUGAGUAGUUUGAUGGAACUGUGUUAUUCAGAAGACCCCAGGCUUUGCUGUCUCUGGCCAUCAGGAGAGGUGAGCCUUGUUACAGUCCCCUUCGGAGCUGAGUGCCCCCCCCCACCCCCACCCCGGCAGCAGGCAAGUCUGGUGAGACCUGGGGCAAGGCACCCACCCCCCUCCCCUGCCCGCCAUUCCCCAGCAGACCCAGGCAGGUGGAGCUGGAGCCCCAUGGCCCAGCACCGUGCCACCCCAGCCCUGCCUUCAGGACCCCAGCCCUGGAAGACCCUCUUCCUCUGUGCCUUCACCCCCUCAGGGAGGCUCGUCUCUGUCUCUGUCCUUUUCCGUCUCUGAGCUGGUUCACCACCUCCCCCGAUCCCGUCCAUGUGUGCUUCUGCUCAUUGCAGCACUUGUUUCUGAAAGGUGGUGUGCGUAUGGGGGAGAGAGGACCCCUGGAGAGAGCGCGGUGGGCAGGCCUGCAAGCCAGCUCCAGGGUGGCCACCCUGGGCAUCGCCUGGCCCGUGUGAUUUGCCGGAAUCUGGGUUGGUGUCAGGAGAGUGGGUCGGUCAGAGGGUGGGUCUGAUUUGUAAGUGAUACUGAGGCGUGUGUUCUUACCGCUGAGCUGAAGUGAGUGCAUGUUUAGCGGGUAUAGUGUCGAGACUCCAGAGGCAAAGUUUACAUUUACCAAGAUGCUUUCUAUUUUUGGAUUUCUUAUUACCUCCCCGCCCCCUUAGGGUCGUGCUGGGGGAAGUAGAUUUGUAUAAAAGAACUCUUCGCCCCAGGAUGACAUUUAUUUUCCAAGGUGGCAGUGAACUCACUGUCAGCCCCAUGGUGUUGGCGUGCUGAGCCUGGGUCUGGGUGUUCAAAGAGAAUCAGGAUGUCACUGUGGAUUUUUUUUUUUUUUUUUUAAUUUGGUUUCCAUGUGCAAAUGUUUGAGAUCGUGUCCUUUGACAGAAGAGUUUCAGGAAGCCCAGCUGGUUGUGGUGAAGCCAGUCUGCUCAGGAAACGCUGGCCCUCUGAAAGCUUGGACCUUGGAAAGGGCUUUCCACCCACCCAGCUGCAGGCAGAGAUUGAACCACCCCACUCCAUCCCAUCCCACCCCCGAUGCCUCUUGUCUUAUGGAUCCCUGGGCAGGACAGGACAGGCACCCACUGAAGGCCUAGCGAGGUGACCUCAGAGGCCCUUGUCUCAGGAGGUGGGGGAGUGAGCCCUCACUCCGGCCUGCCGUGCCUCCUUGUGCCUCAGGGCCUUCAGGACCCUCUCCUGCACGCACACGCUGGCAGAGUGGCUAGGUCUCCUACACCCUGAUUUCCGGACGCUGACUGACCGCCUACUGGGGAGACUGCUCAGGACUCCACUCAGCUGGAGGGGAGAGUGUAGGCACGGGGUGUCUGGGCGGCACCGCAGAGACCCUUCUGCUUGUUGCGCUGGUGGCUGGUCAGGACAGGACGUCGGCUCAGCGUGGUGUAUUCCCCACCAAGCCAAGUGUGGACACACUGAGCGGAGUGCUUUGCAGCACAGACAGCCGGGCUGGGGGCAUGGCGGGGGCGUCACCAUGCUUGCCGUCGUGGCAGGGGGCGGGGGGGGGGGAGGCAGCAGCACCAAAUGGAUUGGCUUCUCCCGUGACGUGACUGCUGCCAGACCUGUGUGAAGGCUCUCCUGUCCUCAGAUGAUCCGUCAAGCCAUUUCUGGAGAACACUUGUGUUUCGCUCCACUUUCUGGUGACUUCUGUAGGCCCUGGCUCAAGGACUUCACAUUGUGUUUCAUGUGCGCCUUUCUCUUCAAUGUUGUUUGCCAUUUCUGGAAUUGUCCCUGGUUUCUCCUUAGCUCAUAGGUCAUAGUCGCAGAAAUACGAUAGUACCCAAGCACCCGCAUCAGACGGCUUUGCAUCAGAAAAACAUUUACCUAGAACUCAGUUUGAAGCACCAAGCAUGUGUAACAUGGUUCUACAAAAUAGAAUAAACGCAUAACAUUGUCAAGCUU